ACCUAAAAAGAAAACGAACUUGCUAAAGUCUCAAGGAUUGAGAGAAACACACCCUCUCUCACUUUAAAACUUCCAAAUAAAAAAAGAAGGAAAGAAAAGAUAAAAAAAAGGGAGAGAGAAGUUACUUCUCAGAGCUAUUAAUCGUUCAUUUAAUCAUAUUUUCUCCGAAAGAAGUGGGAUUUAUUUAUGGUUUGAGAUGAGAGAUUGAAUUAUUGAUGGGGAAAGGGAGGCCAAGGGCUGUAGAAAAGGUUGUUUUGGGGCCAAGUACUUGUGUUUUAUCCAGCGGUUCAUUGAAUGUCCCAGCAGGGCCAGUGUAUUAUCCAACUGAGGAUGAAUUUAGGGACCCUUUAGAGUUUAUUGAUAAGAUCAGGCCUGAGGCUGAGCAAUAUGGGAUUUGUAAGAUCGUUCCGCCUAAGUGCUGGAAACCUCCUUUUGGUUUGGAUUUAGAUUCAUUUACAUUCCCCACAAAAACACAGGAAAUUCACAAGUUACAGGCGCGAUGUUCCUCAUGUGAUCCAAAGACUUUUAAGUUGGAAUACAAUAGGUUUUUGGGGGAGCAUUGCAGUAGGAAAGCAAAAAAAAGGGUUGUCUUUGAAGGUGGUGAUUUGGAUUUGUGUAAAUUGUUUAAUGCUGUUAAAAGAUUUGGAGGGUAUGACAAGGUUGUGAAGAAUAAAAAAUGGGGGGAGGUUUUCAGGUUUGUGCGCCCUAAUGGGAAGAUCACAGACUGCGCCAAGCAUGUGUUGAGUCAAUUGUAUUUGGAGCAUUUAUGUGAGUAUGAAGAGUAUUAUUGCAAUAUUAAUAAAGGAAAAGAGAAGACUUGUAAAAGAGGAUUGCAAGGGGGUAGAAAAAGAGGUCGGGAAAUUAAGGUUUCGAGUUUUAAGCGAAUGCGGAAGAAUAGUGAGGGUGAGAAAGUUGAAGUUCGCAAGCAAGAAAAGGAAGAGUUUGAUCAAAUAUGUGAGCAAUGUAGAAGUGGGUUGCAUGGGGAAGUAAUGCUUUUGUGUGAUAGGUGUAAUAAGGGUUGGCACAUAUAUUGCUUAUCUCCACCUCUGAAGCAAGUGCCUUUGGGUAAUUGGUACUGCUUGGAGUGCUUGAAUUCUGAAAAGGAGAGCUUUGGAUUUGUUCCUGGUAAAGAGUUUUCCCUGGAAGCUUUUAGGCGUGUGGCCGAGCGAGCGAAGAAGAAAUGGUUUGGAUCAACACCUACGUCACGGGUACAAUUGGAGAAGAAGUUUUGGGAGAUUGUAGAGGGAUCAGUUGGUGAGGUGGAAGUAAUGUAUGGCAGUGACUUGGAUACUUCCGUAUACGGGAGUGGAUUUCCACGUGUAGCUGACCAAAGACCAUCAUCAGUUGAGGCUGAAGUGUGGGAUGAGUACUGUGCUAGCCCAUGGAAUCUUAAUAACUUACCGAAGCUACCUGGUUCAAUGCUUCAAGCAGUGCAUCAUGGAAUUGCUGGGGUCAUGGUACCCUGGCUGUAUAUUGGGAUGCUAUUCUCAUCAUUCUGCUGGCAUUUUGAGGACCACUGCUUUUACUCGAUGAAUUAUCUUCACUGGGGAGAGCCAAAAUGUUGGUACAGUGUCCCUGGCAGUGAAGCCUGUGCUUUUGAAAAGGUGAUGAAAAACAGUCUUCCUGAUCUGUUUGAUGCACAACCAGAUUUGUUGUUCCAGCUUGUAACCAUGCUGAAUCCUAGUGUCUUGCAAGAAAGUGGUGUUCCUGUUUACAGUGUGCUUCAGGAGCCUGGAAACUUUAUCAUUACCUUCCCUAGAUCUUAUCAUGGAGGCUUCAACCUGGGACUAAAUUGUGCUGAGGCAGUCAACUUUGCUCCUGCUGACUGGCUGCCUUAUGGAGGUCGUGGAGCAGAACUAUACAAACUUUAUCGCAAACCUGCUGUAUUAUCCCAUGAGGAACUCCUAUGUGUGGUAGCAAAGAGCAACUUUGAUAGCAGAGCAUCAGUCUGCUUGAGAAAGGAAUUGAUAAGGGUAUAUGAGAAUGAAAAGGUCUGGAGGGAGCAGCUUUGGAAAAAUGGGAUUCUUCGUUCUUCUACCAUGUCACCUCGUAAGCGUCCUGAACAUGUUGGUAGCGAAGAGGAUCCAACAUGCAUCAUAUGUCAACAAUUUCUAUAUCUUUCUGCUGUUGUUUGCCGCUGUAGACCAUCAGCUUUUGUUUGUCUAGAGCACUGGGAACAUCUUUGUGAAUGUAAGGCUAGCAAGCACCGUCUCCUUUAUCGUCAUACUUUGGCAGAUUUGAAGGCUCUGGUGCUUAUGACUGAUAAACUCAGUUCUGGGGAUCAAGACAGAAGCUUGCAAGGGCAACUUUCUUCUUCUAAUGAGUCAGUUGCUUUAUCAAAGAAGAUUAAAGGGGGAUGUAUCACACACGUUCAACUUGCUGAAAGAUGGCUGUCAAAGUCCUGCAAGAUUCUUCAGAGACCAUACUCUGCUGAUUCUUAUGCCAGUGCAAUAAAAGAAGCCGAACAAUUCCUUUGGGCUGGUUCUGAAAUGGACCCUGUCCGAGACACAGUAAAGAACUUGAUUGAAGCUCAGAACUGGGCACAAGAUGUAAGAGAUAGCCUUUCUAAAUUGGAAUCCUGGUCACAUGAUUGCCAUCAAGGUACAGGGAGGGUACAGAUGGAUCAUGUUAACAAGUUGCUGUCUGUAGAUCCUGUGCCAUGCAAUGAGCCUUGCCAUCUUAAACUUAAGGAGUACCAACAAGAAGCUGCGAAGCUGAUUGAAGAAAUUGAUUGUGCUCUCCCUAUGUGUGGAAAAGUUUCUAUAGCUGAUUGGGAGAUUUUAUAUUCCAAGACCUGUGUCUCACCUAUGUACGUGAAAGAAAGUGAGAAAUUAUUCCAGAGGAUGUCUUCGGUAAAGGUUUGGGUUGAAAGUGUCAGAAAAUGCUUCAAUGAGAAAUUGCCAGGUGCAGUUAACGCAGAUAUCCUCUAUGAGUUGCAGGCUCAGAUGUUGGAGCUUAAAGUCCAACUUCCUGAAAGUGAAAUACUUUUGGAUUUGAUAACCCAAGUAGAAUCUUGUCGAUCUCGGUGUAAUGAGAUUUUAAAAGAUUCUAUAAGCCUGAAGGAACUUCAGCUGCUUAUUGAAGGAUAUGAUGAUUUUACUUUUGACAUCCCAGAACUAACACUUCUUAGAUGUUACCAUCAUGAUGCUAUGUCAUGGAAGUCUCGUGCGAAUCAAGUUUUGGCGAACAUUGAUUGCCGAGAGGAUCAGGAAAAUGUUGUUGAUGAAUUAACAUCCAUUCAAAGGGAUGGGGUGUCAUUAAAAGUUCGAGUUGAAGAGCUGCCUCUUGUUGACAUUGAGCUGAAAAAGGCCUGUUGCAGGGUGAACGGUUUGAAGGCACUUCAAUCUAAAGUGCAAAUGAAUUUGCUUGAGGAAUUGAUGGAGGAAGCAACUAUGCUACAGAUUGAAAAAGAGAAGCCAUUUGUUGAUAUUUCUGCGGUGCUUGUAGUUGCUAAGCAUUGGGAAGAAAAAGCAAAAGAUGUUCUUAAUCAGGAGGCUGGGAUGUCUGAAUUUGAGGAUAUUUUAAGGAUUUCUGAAGAUAUACGUGUUAUUCUCCCUUCACUUGAUGAUGUUAAGGAUGCCAUGUCAAUGACAAAGACCUGGUUGAGCAAAUCCAAGCCAUUUUUGUUUUCUGAUUCAUCUGUUUCACAUGCCUCAAGUUCUUUGCUCCAACUUGAUACCCUAAAGGUGUUGGUUUCAGAUUCAAAGUUUCUGAAGAUAUCUCUCAGAGAACGAGAAAUGCUUCAAACAAUUCUAAAACAAUGCAUGGAGUGGGAACAAAAUGCCUGUUCCUUGCUGAAUGUUGCAGUUUCUCUGUUGAAUACUGAUGUUAUGCCUUGUGGAAUUUCUGGUAGUCUGGUUUCAAAAAUUGAAAGUCAAUUGUUGUUAUUGAAAUCCAUCACUCAAGCUGGUCUAUGUCUUAAAUUCGAGUUUGCUGCUAUGCCAAAACUGCAAGAUGCAUGUUCUACGCUUCAAUGGUGCUCUAAAGCUCUUUCUUUCUGGAAUGUUAUUCCCACGCUUCAGGAAGCUGAGGCAUGUUUGGAGGAUUCCCACCAUCUACCUGUGACAUUUGCAUCCUGUGCUUUACGGACCUCACUAUUUAGUGGAAUAGAUUGGCUUAGGAAAGCCUUGGAAAUUCUCCCUCCAUGUAGCAGUAGACAGAUCAAGUUGAGUGAUGCUGUGGAAGUUCUUGAGCUGUCUGAGAAAACUGUUGUCUCGUUCCCUUUGAUGAUUGGUCAUAUUCAGAAAGCUGUUGAGAAACACAACUUGUGGCUGGAGCGAGUACAUUUGUUUUUCAACCAGGACUGCAGUGAUAGAUCAUGGUUGUCAUUGCUGCAUUUAAAGGAAGUUGGAAGCACCAACGCAUUUAAUUGCCCAGAACUGGACAUGGUCUUGGCUGAAGUGCAAAAGGUAGAGCAGUGGAAGCAGCAUUGCAGGAACGUUGCUGGGGCUUCUGCUGGCGAUACAAAUUUGUUGACUUCAAGUCUUUUAGAGAUAAAGAAAAGUCUUGAUAGAUCGUUCUACAUCUACAACAAGUUUAACUCCUGCAAAACAACAGCUUUAUGCAUCUGUUGUUCCCAAAAUUCUGAUGAUCAGAAGCUUGUUAAUUGCUGUAUUUGCAACGAUUGUUUUCACCUACAGUGCAUUGGGUCAUCACUUGAAGAUGCAAAAAGUGAUACAACAUAUGUUUGCCCUUACUGCAUGUUUGUGAGAAGUGGAAAAAUCUCUAGGAGCAGAUGUGGCAUUCUGAGAUUUGGGCGGAAAUGUCCUGAUUUGAAUAAGCUCAUUGAGCUUUUAUCAGAUGCUGAGGGUCUUUGUUUAUGGAUUGAAGAAAGAAGUGUACUUGACCAAAUUGUGAAGAAAGCUCUUGAAUGCAGGGCUUGCUUAAGGGAAAUAGUAGAUUAUGCAUUAUCUUAUCAAGACAGAGAUCUCAGUGGUUUCUCUGAUAAACUUGUGGUCGCGUUGAAGGCAUUAGAUAGUGCUGGCAUUUGUGAUGGUGAGGGCAACAGCAAAUUUGAGCUUGUAUUAGCAAGAAAUUCAUGGAAGGUUAGAGCACAGAAAUUAUUAAAUGGUCCACAAAAGCCCUCAUUGCAACAAGUCCAGAGGCACUUGAAAGAGGGUCUGGCUAUAAACGUUCCUCCAGAAGAUUACUUUACAAGGAGACUAACAGAAGUGAAGCAUAUUGGCCUGCAAUGGGCUGAUACAGCCAAGAAGGUCUCGAUGGAUGGUGGAGCACUGGGACUUGAUAAAGUUUUUGAUCUAAUUGCCCAGGGUGAAGAUCUACCAUUGGUCUGUGAAAAGGAACUUAAGUUACUGAGGGAUCGAAGCAUGCUUUAUUGUAUUUGCCGAAGACCGUAUGAUCAACGAGCAAUGAUUGCCUGUGAUAAUUGUGAUGAAUGGUAUCACUUUGAUUGCAUCAAAUUAUCCUCGCCACCAAAGAUUUACAUAUGUCCAGCAUGUGAUUCACAUGCCGGAGAAGAUGCGUGUUCAUCGACGCCGAUGACUCAGGAGAGCGGAUCUACCAGUGGCAAAGUGGAAGAGCCCCAGACGCCUUCUCCAAGUCGCACAGAGUUUAGAAAGAAGUCAGGAAGCACCAAAUCCAGUAGAAAAAGUCAUGUGCCAGUAAUAAAGGAUGCCUCGAGGCAUGCAAGUGGUAUCGAAAGAUUGCUAUGGAGAAAUCGAAAGCCUUUCAGAAGACUGGCACGAAAACGUGCAGAGCUCAAGAGCCUCUCUCCAUUCAUUUAUGUACGAAAUAGCUGAUAUUGUUGUUGAUAGACAUCAAUUUCAUUCAAUUGAUUCAAUUGAUUCUUACACGACCCCUCCUUGUUUUUUCUAAUUUAAUCUACUUCGUAGUCUUUAGAUAACCCAGAAUAGAAAAUAAAAUAGAGGGCCAUUUUUUUCUCUUCCUUUUUUUGAACAAUGACUUGGUGGAUUACAUUUUCUCCAUUUUCAAGUCAACAUGGCUUCCGUCCAUGCUGAUCAAAAUUUGGCAAUUAUCUGAACUUUUACGUAUGCUGGGCCAUUUUGGUUGUCACGAUGCAGUUGGCAUCACUUCUUGUAGUAAAUAUUUUUGUAGCAAA